GUGCAGUCGGCGUAGUUAGAUAGGGUUUUCUCAGAGCUUUCGAAAGGCGCCGGUUUUGAAGACUUUACGCAAGUAGUCAAGAAUCGGCUUCGUCUGGAGUUGUGCGCAGCAAUUAGCCUCGAUCUUGAUAAUAGGGGUGCCGGGCUCGCGGAAACCUUUCGUGACGGCGAUGAAUACCUGCAUCACGGCAGGUUGACACUCUUGGAGAAACGCCCUCGUUGGGAAAGUACCAGUUCGGAGUACUGUCCUCAGGGACCGGGUCGACCGAUCCAUACCGGAGGCAAGCCGUCAGAGUCUUGACUGCCGCGACGGCCUGCGUAUAUUGAUGGCGAAAAGCUUGAGAUUCGACCAGUCUACUAUGUUGGAGAACAGCCCCACAAGAUAUCCCAGCUUCUCAUGUCCAUCCUUCGUUGGCUGUCGUCUGUGCAAAUCUCAGCACCCAAGACGGUGGUCAUCGAGGACGGAGACGGCGAAGGCCCGUACAAUUCGACAAGAGAGUCGCAACAGCAUCGCGAAGCAGGUGGAAUGUGUCGCUCCGCCGCUCCAGAAGCACCGUGAAGAAAUUGAUAUAGCCCUGGAGGUAGUCAGAGGUAGAAUUGCAAAGAAAGAGGUUGAUGGUCGACGGCCGGGAGGCUCUGGCGAGCUCAGAGGCGUCGGCCUUGUAGACCAGCAGCUCUCGGAAGAGCAAGCGCAGGACGAAAUCGGCGGUUUGGCUCUCGUUCCGCACGGUUUACCUCGUCGAGGACGAGUUCAAGAGACGGCGCAAUCAAGUAGAGCUUCUCAACCAUGUGAGCCACCAUGUCCUGCAUCUCUCGUUUCAUAACAACGUAGGGGUAAUCAUCUGGAAGGUGGCUCAGAGUCGACAAUGGCACUUCAGGAUCAAGCAGCGACCGGAACACCAGGGUGCUGUUUUGCUGCGGCGCGGGUAGCGGGGCCUGCGGCCCGGAGUGCUUCAGCGUCCAAGGCAGCCAACCUGCUCUCCUGGUCGCGCAGCUCGGAUUGAAGCUUCAUAAUCUACUUGACGUGGCCGCGGUUGUUUGCAGCGAAGUUGAAGAACCGACGGUAGACCUGGUCCCUCAGCUGCAGCGUCUCCUUGCUGGCGGCAAGCUUCGCCUCAACCUCGGCCCUAGCGCCACCCUCGCAAUCCCUCGGUUCAAGGCUGUUGUAAUAUCGCUCGCGGCUUUUGUAGGACUUGUGCAACUCCUUGUAUUCUCGAUGGUGCGGGGGACAAAAUUGCUGGUAGGUUUUGAGCAGGCGGCGCCGGCAGUCAGAACC